CGGGUCCCGCCUGCAGCCGCUGCGAUGCUGUUGCCCCGGGCGGGUGGUGCUGCGGGCCGGGCCUCGCUGCCGCUGGCCGCCCUGUCCCAGGUGCUGCGGCUGGAGCGGAGCCGCCGCACCGCGAUCGUGUUCCCGCUGCAGAAGCUGGAGCGGUACCUGGCGCCCGGCACCGACACGGCGCCGUUCCGCCUCUUCCAGCCCGGGCUGGCUGCCCUGCAGCGUGCCGAGGCGCUCUUCAGGUCCGACCGCGGGCACCCCAUCGACUACGUGAGCUCCGCCGUGCGCAUGGACCAUGCCCCGCCGCCGGCCCUGCCCGAGGUGUGCUUCAUCGGCCGAAGCAAUGUAGGGAAAUCAUCUCUAAUCCGGGCCUUGUUUUCACUGGCUCCAGAAGUGGAAGUUAGAGUGUCAAAAACUCCGGGCCACACCAAGAAGAUGAAUUUCUUCAAAGUAGGGAAGUACUUUACUCUGGUGGAUAUGCCAGGAUACGGCUAUCGCGCCCCGCAGGACUUUGUUCAGAUGGUGGAGGCCUAUCUGCAGGAACGGCACAACUUGAAGAGGACUUUCCUAUUAGUUGAUGGUGUAGUUGGACUCCAGAAAACAGAUCAUAUUGCAGUAGAGAUGCUGGAAGAGUUUGGGAUUCCUUAUGUGAUGGUGUUAACAAAAAUUGACCGAGCAUCCAGGGGAUUAUUGUUAAAGAAUGUACUGGAGAUCCAGGAGUUUGUAAAGGAGAACACACAGGGAUGCUUUCCUCAGCUGUUCCUGGUCAGUUCUGUGGAGUUCUCGGGGGUUCACUUGCUCAGGUGUUUUGUAGCCCAUGUUACUGGAAACCUGCCCACUGUAGAGGCCAGCUGAAAAGCCUGCUGAUCUGCUUGGCUCAUCAGGAACAAAAGUAGGUGCAGCAGGAUAGCAUGCCUUGCUUGCAGACAUUGAGUUGUCCCUGUUCUGCAAGGAUGAAGGAAAGAACACAUCUUUUAUGGGAUCUGCUUUUCUAGGAGUGUUGGCUUGAAACAGAGUGGAAUAAAAGACUGACAUCUAGAGGAGCCCUAUCCUGCACACUGUCAUGAGUCAGUGCUGCAUCUACCUUCUGUUUUGAGAUCCAGCAUGAAUUUCUGCAGCUCCACGUGGAUGAAAUGCCAGAUCUGAGGCACACCAUCCAUGAUCUGUAUCGGCUCUACCCUGGCAGCUGAAGCACAACACCGAUGUGUCCUGUACACUUUAGGGGAACUGCUUCCCACAGCAGCUGUGUCUGUCUAAGAGCGCUUCAAACUGUCCAGUUACAAGACAGAACUGGACAAAACGACAGCCAUCAACAGCAGCACUCAUAUAGGAGAACUGAGUCUGAAGCUAUGAAGUGCCUGUGUCAAACCCUGGCACUCAGUCUUUGCCAUGUCUUAAUGUGGCCAAGGCUGGUUAUGCAGUUGUCAGUUACUUGCAUCAAGAGUUUAAACCUCAAGAAAGGAAAGUUCUUUUCUAAAUUACUCUGACAGUGCAAAAGGACUAGAAAUACCACUUUCUUUCACUAUGCAAUUUCUUGUAACACACUAGACAUGAGACAAGAUCUGUUUUCAGCAUACAUGUAGGAACAGGAGCAUGUGAUGAAUGCAGUAAAUGUGACUCUAUAGCUUCUGCAUCUUAGUGAUGAAACUUGUAAUUCUGUAAUCUUAAAAUGCUGCAGGGCAAACCAGCCCAAGAGAUGCAUGAUCCUAGAAAUGGAGUAGUGGCUAUACAGAUGAAACAGGUGAAAGUGAACACUUCAGGAAGGGCCUUUUUGUAGAAUCUUUAAACCAGGACCUUCCAGAAACAUCAAUCUUGUCAAGGCUGUAAUUUUCAGGGCCUCAGCCUUGACUGAUGAGCCUCUGAAAAUAACCCUGAAUUUGAAAAAAAGUGCAGUUCUAGUUUAAGUCCUUCCUCAGAAUAAAACCCCCUAAAUUUCAUUACAACCCCUUACAAUGCUAGGAAGUCUUUUACUAAUCACUUAAAUACAUUAAAUAUGUCCUGUUAAUCCAUUUGUACAAACAAACUGGAUGUGUAUGCAGGGAACAUUAGGUACCUUCUUCUCCAGAAGAACCAGUUUUACUUCCAGACACAUCUUGGUUUUAUUCAGAAGUGCUUCAGAUACUGGAAUAACUCCUGCAUUUUGGUCAGCCAUUUGCAGGAGCCAGUACUGCAGUUUGAUUCUUGAGUGUGACAAUGCCCCUAUGACAAAACAGUAAAUAAAAUCAAGUCCUCUCCCUAAAAAGUAAAACCUGGAUUUAAGUGCCUUUAUGGAAAUGGGCUUUGGGAAAGCUGGUGUCUUGACAUGCUACUGGACUUUUUUUUGCCAGGUUCUUAAGGAACAAGCUGAAUUGCCAAGUGAGGAGCUGCAUUUUCUCAGGCCGGGGACACAAAAGAUGUCCCUUUCUUUCCCCCUCAUGGUCCGUGGGGGGUGGGCCUGGCAGCAUACAGAUACAGUAGAGCUCAUUUUGGUUUUAAAUUCAAGUGUCUUUAGUUGUUAGCGGUGUGCAAGCUUUACUUAAGGCUCCUGUCAUUAUGUGGUAAAGCUAUGCCUAUUCUGCAGCUUUUGUUUACAGAAAUUAUGUUGAAUAUUAGCUUCAUUGGAAAAGGAUUUCACCUUGUGCAUCUUUCCUGGUCUUUCAGUAGUACAAUCUCCAUUUUCUUCCUCUACUCUGUCAUGUGUCUGGUCUGGUGUGUCGUCACAACCCUGACACUACAAAGACAGUAUUUUUGCAAGUGUCCAAAAUUAGAACGCUGCAGUCUGGACAGGUGUGCUAGUAGCUCAGUAAAAACUGGUUAAACAAUUGAGCUCAGA